AUUUUUUAAGGUUUUUUAACGUCAAAAAUAAAUCACAAAAUAAGCUCAUAUCUGUGUCACUACCUGUGAUUUUUAAGGUUUUUUUCCUCUUUUUUUAAUCUAAAAAUGUGUCACGACAUGAAAACAAAACAACAGCAGCAAGCAAACAACAACAAAAGAGGGUUAGGACAGUUGAGAAAGAGGAUUAAAAAUCUGUCUUAAAAAAAAGGAAAGUAAUAGCAAAGAGAGAAGAGAGAAGAAAAAUGGUGUUUAACAGCUUAAUUGUAUUAUCAGUAGCCCACGUAUCAGCAGACGUAUGGCAACAAAUAGCAUGCAUAAGGUUCCAAGAUCGUGUUAGCAGUCAACAGCUCCUUGAUCUUGUUUGCUGCUUUCCUCUUCAACAACUGGGCCGUUUAGCUCUUUUCGUCUGGACUUUCCUCUGCUUGCCUCCACCUGAUUCUUUCCUGUCUUCUUACUCUUAUUACUCCACAUCAUCAGAUGAUGAAGAUCACCAUCAGUAUGGUCAUCAUCAUCAUCAAGCCUCUUCUUCCUCCUCCUCUGCUGAUGUUGAAUACAACUACUAUGACUCUGACUAAUUUACUCCAAUUUGUUUCAUCAUUUGUGUACGUUGUAGAGUUUGUCUUGAUAGAGGAUCGGAAAAGAUGAUUGUGUUCAAGUUUUGACUUCAGUCGGCUACAUCAAGCAAAGAGUUUCCAGAUGAGUAUGAUAACUAAAAGGAGCUUGUUUAUGUUCAUCUUGUUUGUAUCCCUCUAGCUGUUGACAGUGCUGAAUCUUUGUAAGUCAUUAAUUUCAGAUUUUUCAAAGUUCCGUAUUUCAUGGUUGUGUGAUUGCUUUAAAACUAAAGAUACAGUUUCUAAUGCAAAAUGUAUUAUAGAUAACUGUUUGUACAUAUGGAUGAUUCUGGACUUCUUAUUUCAUUCGUUUUGAAUGACUCUUUAAAUCGACUA